AGGUACCAGACGCAGAACCCUGCGUUUCCGGCCGGCGCCGGGAGGAUGGUAUCAAUAGCGAAACGGCCGCAUCGCACGCAAAAGACGACGGCGUGUGCCCACACAGACCGGCCACUUCCACGUUGCGACCGCAACUGUUACCCUUCCGAAGGGGUUCGUGUUGGUACGGAUGCUGCGCUCUCCAUGCUGGCUGCCGCUCACCAAAAGCAAUCUCGCUGCGGAUUUUGAGCUGAAGUCGACGGUUUGGCCCUGUCUACAAUGACCGCACGCCCUUUUCUUUUUUCUUUUUUUCCCCCUCUUUCUCUCUCUACUUUUCAAAUCGCUUCCUGGUUUUUGUUUCUUUUGUUUUUUUUUCAUACAAGCCGGCGCUGGGCGAGUCCCGAGACGGCUCCCACCUGGCCGCCGACCUGCAGUGGGAAGUUGGUGUUGCCUGCAAACGAUGCGGCUGCCCAAUCAUACGCAAGUCGCAUUUCUGAAGUAUCGUUGCGCCCUGCUCUGGUCUCAGAGCUUAACUCUAAUAUCGAGCACAGCGAGAGGCUUGUACGGUAUUGGGAAGCCGUGGUCUCGGCUAAACACCACCGCACUUGCUCCAUUCCGCCUGAAUAAGUUUCUCAUCUGCGGUACUCAGUACUCAGUCGUUAGCUACGGCCGACUCGAUCCGGACUGGUCUCGACUUGACUCGAUAGCUGCGUUUCUUUUGCAGCUCUUCAAACAAGCAACUGGAGGCGACGGCGGCCUACCCUGUCCGCUUCUGCCAUUCUACCGUCACGACUCAGACCCGUACUCUCUGUCGCAAGAAACAUGCAUUCACUUCUUGUUGCCUAGGUAUUGCCUGGGCUCUCAUCUACCUGGCCUAGCCAUGGUAGCCCCGGCCUCUAUGUUUUUAUUCCUUUCAGACCCUACGUUUGAUCCCCACAUCUUGAUCCGACUGCAGACUAGCAACAUUGGAAUGCGAGACCGCCAGUGACUCUGUGGUUGCGGUUGCUACUUAGUCGAAGAGAGACAGCUGACCGUGCCCGUACCAUCGCCGCGACGGAACGGACCCCUGUUCGUAACCAAUCUCCAGGUUCUCCCAUCCGAAGGUACACUGUGAGAAACCAAAGAUCACGAUGCUUUUUAUCCGGCGGUGGGAUGUCUGUCGAAAGCAACGCCGGUACACAAUAGCAAUGCUGAGGGCUCGGCGAGCCCUCGGUUUCCGUUCUGAAGUGCCACGGCCAUAGCGACCUGGUUAUGGCCAAUGACAAUCGGGACGAAGGCUUUCUACAUGGGAACAUUACAACAGGAGAUCAUGUAUGACGAUCCGGAGGGAUUGUCCAUCACAUGAGCUGUACCUCCUUGAUUGCUUAGUCGUACACUACCGCGAGUUUAAACCGCAGGCCGUGGUUGGACAACCCCUGGCUGGCAAUCAAUCUCAAACACCUACUGAUGUCUUCCCCAUCUGC